AUGGAUCGUAGUUGGAUGCAAAAAAACCGCUCAAGUGAAGAGUAUAAAAAAGGAGUGUUAGAGUUUUUGACAUUUGCCGAAACUAAUCUUCCCAAAAGUAAUGGACGAUUUCAUUGUCCUUGUGCUAAGUGUGUGAAUAUUGCACCUUUAAAUGCUAACAUCGUAUGGGAUCAUCUUAUAGUCAAUGGGAUUUGUCAAAAUUAUACGAAGUGGAUAUGGCACGGUGAAUUGUCUGAUGCGCCAAUGGCCUCCCUGAGAGAAGAGUUUGAUAUAGAGGCGAGUGAUUAUCUAGAAGAAAUGAUUCGUGAUAUUGGACAAGACUCUUUUCAACGAGCACACGCAAUUAAUAGUUGGACCGAUAAAAGCUUCACACAAUUGCUUGAGUUGUUGAAGGAAAUGCUUCCAGAUGAAAACACGUUGCCGGACCGGGUGUAUGAUGCAAAAAAGAUAUUAUGUCCUAUGGGUAUGGAGUAUAAGAAAAUACAUGCAUGCCCCAAUGAUUGCAUAUUGUACUGGAAAGAUAAUGAAGAGAAAGAAAAGUGUCCCAAGUGUAUGACAUCACGAUAUAAAAAGAAAGGUGAUGAUGAAAGUUGUGAUGUAACCACAAAGGGUCCUCCAGCAAAGGUGUUAUGGUACCUUCCAAUUAUUCCGAGGUUUAAGCGAUUGUUUGCGAAUUUAAAUGAUGCGAAGAAUAUUAGAUGGCAUGCAGAAGAGAGGAAUUGUGAUGGAAAAAUUUGGCAUCCGGCCGAUUCUUUGCAAUGGAAGAAGGUUGAUACCUUAUUUCCUGACUUCGGCAAUGAACCAAGAAACCUUAGGCUUGGACUUUCUACAGAUGGAAUGAAUCCAUAUGGCAGUUUAAGUAGUAAUCAUAGUUCAUGGCCUGUUCUAUUGAUUAUUUACAACUUAUCUCCUUGGUUGUGCAUGAAGAGGAAACACACUAUGUUAUCUAUGAUGAUUUUGGGACCAAAACAACCUGGAAAUGACAUAGAUGUCUAUCUAAGUCCCUUAAUUGAUGACUUAAGAAAGUUGUGGGAUGAAGGAAUUGAUGUGUUUGAUAGUUUUUUAAAUGAAACUUUCAAAUUGCGUGCCAUGUUAUUUUGCACCAUCAAUGACUUUCCAGCUUAUGGUAACUUGUCUUGUUACAAAGUUAAGGGGCAUAAAGCAUGCCCUAUAUGUGAAAAAGAUACUUGCUACCAUCAGUUGGAGAAGGGAAAGAAGACUGUUUAUCUUGGACAUCGAAGAUUUCUUAAACGUAACCACCCAUAUCGAAGAUUAAAAAAGGCUUUUAAUGGAUAUCAAGAGUAUAAGGUUGCCCCGAAGGCCUUAAUUGGAGAAGAAGUCUAUCACCGGGUGAGGAACAUAAGUGUUAGUUUUGGAAAAAAACAAAAAAAAAAGUUACAAAUAGUAAUAUAUGGAAGAAGAGGUCCAUAUUCUUUGACCUUCCAUAUUGGUCUAGUCUUGAUGUAA